AUGGCUUCUGCACCAACUGAUAACAUGCCUGAUGCAUUGAGGCAGAGUAGGUACCAUAUUAAGAGGUGCUUUGCGAAGUACAUUGAAAAUGGGAGAAGGAUUAUAAAACUUCAUCACCUGAUGGAAGAAAUGGAGCAAGUUAUAAAUGACAAUAGUGACAGGAAUCAAGUAUUGGAAGGAAAUCUUGGCUUCAUAUUGAGCUCUACACAGGAAGCUGUUGUUGAUCCACCAUAUGUUGCCUUUGCAGUAAGGCCAAAUCCUGGAGUUUGGGAAUUUGUAAGAGUGAGCUCUGAGGACCUUUCAGUUGAGGGUAUCACCUCCACGGAUUACCUCAAAUUCAAGGAAAGGGUAUAUGAUGAAAAAUGGGCUAACAAUGAAAACGCAUUUGAAGCAGAUUUUGGAGCAUUUGAUUUCCCUAUUCCGAAAUUAACCCUGUCUUCUUCAAUUGGAAAUGGACUCCAUUUUGUUUCAAAGUUCUUAACUUCAAGGUUUAGUGGGAAUUUGACAAAAACACAGCCUAUAGUGGACUACUUGUUAUCUCUAAAUCAUCAAGGAGAAAGCCUGAUGAUAAAUAACACAUUGAGCACUGCACGAAAGCUUCAGCUGGCACUGAUAAUGGCUGAUGUAUACCUCUCGGCAAUUCCCAUAGAUACUCCCUACCAGGAUUUUGAGCUAAGCCUCAAGGAAUGGGGUUUUGAGAGAGGAUGGGGAGAUACUGCAGGAAGAGUGAAUGAGACAAUGGAAACUUUGUCAGAAAUACUCCAAGCUCCAGACCCAGUGAAUAUGGAGAAAUUUUUCAGCAGAGUUCCCACAAUAUUCAAUGUUGUGAUAUUCUCUAUUCAUGGCUAUUUUGGUCAAGCAAAUGUUCUUGGCUUGCCAGACACUGGUGGACAGGUAGUUUACAUAUUGGAUCAAGUUAGAGCUCUUGAAGCAGAGUUGCUGCUAAGAAUUAAGCAACAAGGACUAAAUGUGAAGCCUCAAAUUCUUGUGGUCACAAGGCUCAUACCUGAUGCUCAAGGAACCAAGUGCAAUCAGGAGUUGGAACCAAUCAUUGAUACCAAACACUCCAACAUUCUACGUGUGCCUUUUCAGACAGAGAAAGGAAUCCUGCGUCAAUGGGUUUCUCGCUUUGACAUUUAUCCUUAUCUUGAGAGGUUUACUCAGGAUGCCACAGCCAAGAUUCUCAACCUCAUGGAAGGAAAACCAGACCUUAUUAUAGGAAAUUACACUGACGGGAAUCUGGCAGCAUCUCUUAUGGCUAGGAAACUUGGGAUAACUCAGGGAACUAUAGCACAUGCUUUAGAGAAGACUAAGUAUGAAGAUUCAGAUGUCAAGUGGAAAGAAUUAGAUCCCAAGUAUCACUUCUCAUGCCAAUUCAUGGCUGAUACAAUAGCAAUGAAUGCAUCAGAUUUCAUCAUAACCAGCACAUAUCAGGAAAUUGCCGGAAGCAAAGAUAGACCUGGACAAUAUGAAAGUCAUGCUACAUUUACACUCCCAGGGCUCUGUAGGGUUGUUUCAGGAACAAAUGUAUUUGAUCCCAAGUUCAACAUAGCUGCACCUGGAGCUGACCAGUGUGUCUAUUUCCCUUACACAGAGAAAGGCAAAAGACUCACUCAAUUUCAUCCUGCCAUUGAAGACUUAUUGUACAGUAAAUUGGAUAACAAUGAGCAUAUUGGAUAUCUAGAAAACAGAAGAAAACCCAUCAUCUUCUCAAUGGCAAGGAUUGAUGUUGUGAAGAACUUAACCGGGUUAGUUGAGUGGUAUGGGAAGAACCUCAGAUUGAGAAACUUGGUGAACCUUGUCAUAGUUGGAGGCUUCUUUGACCCUUUGAAAUCCAAAGACAGGGAGGAAAUGGCAGAAAUAAGAAAGAUGCAUGGUUUGAUUGAAAAGUACAAACUCAAGGGUCAAUUCAGAUGGAUUGCUGCACAAACUGAUAGACACCGCAACGGAGAGCUUUACCGCUUCAUUGCUGACACAAAGGGAGCUUUUGUGCAGCCUGCUUUGUAUGAAGCAUUUGGUCUCACUGUCAUUGAAGCAAUGAACUGUGGUUUGCCUACCUUUGCUACCAACCAAGGAGGUCCAGCAGAAAUUAUUGUUGAUGGGGUCUGUGGUUUCCAUAUUGAUCCCCUCAAUGGAGAUGAAUCAAGCAACAAAAUUGCUGAUUUCUUUGAAAAAUGCCAAGUUGAUUCAACACAUUGGAAUAAAAUUUCAGAAGCUGGAUUGCAGCGCAUAAAUGAAUGCUAUACAUGGAAGAUCUAUGCAAACAAGUUGCUGAAUACGGGAAGCAUUUAUAGCUUCUGGAAGCGGGUAAAUAAUGAGCAAAAAGAGGCAAAGCAAACAUACAUUCACAUGUUCUAUAAUCUGAUGUUCAAGAAUUUGGUGAAGACAAUACCUGUUCCAAGUGAUGAACCUCAACAACCAGUGUCCAAGCAGCAGAGUCUCAAAAAACAUGGCACAAGAUGUGUAUAA